AUGGAUGAGGUACCUGGCUCUGUAGGGACCAGUGCCAGCUUCUCUUUGAGAUUGGGUCAGGCCAUCUUUUCCUCUGCUUCCCUUCUCUUCAUGUCUCUGGGGGUUGAGUUCUACAGCUACACUGCUUUCUGCUACCUGGUAACAAUCAUGGGUCUGGUUAUACCAUGGAGUUUCACAUUGGCAAUGGUGGAUGGCUACUCUGUUCUUGUCAAAUGUCCUCUUCGACAGCCCGGAAUUCUGCUGAUCAUUGUUGUUGGAGAUUGGGUAUUAUCAAUUCUCACUCUAGCUGCAGCAUGCUCAACAGCGAGCGUCGUGGACGUCCUCCUCCAUGCGAACGGUCCGUAUUGCCCUCCAAAGUUUUGCAACCGGUAUAAAAUAUCUGCUGCUAUGGCUUUCAUGUCAUGGUUUCUGUCUUUGGCCUCAUCUCUGUUCAAUCUUUGGUUACUUCCGUCCUUAUGA